AUGAGAGAGAUAAAUUAUUCGAAACUGACUGUCAGUCUUGUAGAAAUGCGCAUCACUCCGCACGCUCAAGACACUGGAGGGUUCUUCGUCGCUUUGAUUGAGAAAGUCGAUGAGUCGAAUUUCGACGGAAGUGCUGCCAACGGACCGGCAUGGAAGAAGAAGAAAAUGUUCAAAGAUGAGCCAUUCACAUUUUUGAAGUUGGACGAUGAGAGAUGGCACGAUAUUCGUAACCACUACGGAGUCGACGAAUCCUUCAAGUACCAAAACCUCUUCAGUCGUCGCCUCGAAUCCAACGAUGCGAACAGUCGUCAACUCUUCUAUGCUAACGACGCCAUCAAGAAUUUCGUAAAAGAGAACAUGGCAAAAGUCUCCAUUCAAAACGCCGGAAUGAAAAUGUUCAGUAGAACAGAAGGCAAAGUGGAGAACACGAGAUUCCGUCUGUCACAAGAGGGAAUUCGGUAUUUAUUCAAAUUCAUGAAUAAGCAGAAGGUCAAGAUUGGAGCUGAGGACAUGCUUCAUAUGCUGAAAUCCGAGGAGAAUUUGGUUCCCCUGGAGAAGUUGACAUGCAAAGGAGACGUUAGGAAACAGCAGAAUGGAACUGUUGUGGUUUAUUGUGACGAGGAUGAGCCAGUUUGUACUUGGGUCGGCUACCACACCAUCGCCCCAUACAUCUCCAAAGAGGAACGUCUUCAUCUUCUUCGAAUGAUGGGUGUGGAUUGUGCAGAAAUCGAGCUGUUGAUGAAGAGCAAACGGAAGGAGAAGGCCGCCCAGGAUCGUGAAGCUGCGUGGGCCAGGAAAGAAGAGGAGGCCAAGGCCAGUGGAGAACCAUCGACGUCUUCUGAUGCGGCUUAUGCUGCUCAAGAAGCUCCAGAAGAGAAUAUACAGGAGAUGAGCGAAGUUAAGGAGUAG